ACCCGAUGUUAUUGCCUAUAUACAAAUGCUCUCUCGACUUCACAGUCCUUCUAGAGGCAAACUAGUUUACGCUAGCGCAGGAGUUGAACUUCCCAUCCGUCUUGCAUAUGUCCAUUCCGAUGCCCUUCUCUAGUAGGAACCAUUGAUGAAACCGUUAGAUCGGUCUGCUUCGAAACAGUCACCAAAAUCCGCCAUCUACACUACUUCUAAUAUUCCGCCAGUUGGCACGACAGUUGGUCAAUAUCGUCCCGAAACUUUAGCAGUAGACAUUGAUAACCUUGGAACUAAAGUACCCAGAUUUCCCAGAAUAAGAUAUGUGCGAAUAAGCACCAUAUGUUCGAAACAGUCAGUUUUAUCCCUAUAUGCUCCAAUGUCUACGUCACGAUAGUGGGUCUUGACAUCGCUUCGGAUAGCUAUGCCACGUAUGUAUAAAACUCGGUAACAGCAGACAUACAUUUGCCACACACACACCUAGAGCGACAAAAGCCAUCCGCCUAUACGUAAUUAUACGUAUUCGUAUCAAGGUAACACACGUUUCGUACUGGCAUGGUAAUCG